AUCUUGUUACCAGAUAAUGUCAUUAGCGUGUGCAUUGUUAAGAGUUACAAGGCGCUGGAGAACCCCAGGCUGAGCGACCUGUUCUUUGUUUUGCUGUUAAUUUGCAAACCUCUUUUCCUGUGGUGAUGGCCACCUUUAGCCAGAUAGAGCACACGAGGCUCCAGGAAGUUAACUCUCCAGGAAGUUAACUCACUUGUUAGAAGAAGCACAGCCAAUCCAGAAACAGCAUGUACACACCCAUCCCCAAGAGCAGCUCUCCAUUCCUGGCCUCAGUGCAAGACCCCGGCCUGCAUGUGUGGCGGGUGGAGAAGCUGAAGCCAGUGCCGGUGGCCAGGGAGAACCAGGGUGUCUUCUUCUCGGGGGACUCCUACCUAGUGCUGCAUAAUGGCCCAGAAGAGCUCUCCCACCUGCACCUGUGGAUAGGCCAGCAGUCAUCCCGGGAUGAGCAGGGCGCCUGCGCCGUGCUGGCCGUGCACCUCAACACCCUGCUUGGGGAGAGGCCUGUGCAGCACCGAGAGGUGCAGGGCAACGAGUCUGACCUCUUCAUGAGCUACUUCCCGAGGGGCCUCAAAUACCAGGAAGGCGGAGUGGAGUCAGCAUUUCACAAGACCUCCCCAGGGGCCACCCCAGCUGCCGUCAGGAAACUGUACCAGGUGAAGGGGAAGAAGAACAUCCGCGCCACCGAGCGGCCGCUGAGCUGGGACAGCUUCAACACUGGGGACUGCUUCAUCCUGGACCUGGGCCAGAACAUCUUUGUCUGGAGUGGUGGAAAGUCCAACAUCCUGGAGCGCAAUAAGGCUCGGGACCUGGCCUUGGCCAUCCGGGACAGUGAGCGGCAGGGCAAGGCCCAGGUGGAGAUCAUCACCGAUGGGGAGGAGCCUGCCGACAUGAUCCAGGUCCUAGGCCCCAAGCCCACUUUGAAGGAGGGCAAUCCUGAAGAAGACCUCACAGCUGACCAAACUAAUGCCCAGGCUGCGGCUCUGUACAAGAUCUCUGAUGCCACUGGACAGAUGAACCUGACCAAGGUGGCAGACUCCAGCCCCUUUGCCCUUGAGCUUCUGAUACCUGAUGACUGCUUUGUGCUGGACAACGGGCUCUGUGGCAAGAUCUACAUCUGGAAGGGGCGAAAAGCUAAUGAGAAGGAGCGGCAGGCAGCACUCCAGGUGGCGGAGGGCUUCAUCUCCCGCAUGAAAUACGCCCCACACACUCAGGUAGAGAUUCUGCCCCAGGGCCGCGAGAGUCCCAUCUUCAAGCAAUUCUUCAAGGACUGGAAGUGAGACGGGCAUCUCCCUGUGCCCACCUCCUGACUGCUUGCUUCUCUUCCCACUGCCUGGUCAGUGCAGAGGUGCCCCUGCAGAUGCUCAAUAAAGGAGACUUAGGCUUUCCCCA